AAAGUCUUGCAAUUAUUCUCAAGAUUGGUGAUAUGUGCGCAGUGUCAAGAUACGCGCGCUCGGCAUGUAAACAAAAGACAGAUGUGACAGAUACGCACGAUUAAUUCAGCGCGCGUGCAGUAAAUUURCACUGCAACACGUGUGUUACCCAGAUAAAAGGAAAAUCGAAAAACAGCUUUUAUUUGCUAUUUCCACUUGAAUUUGAAUCAAGUUUUGAAGUAAUUUAUCUUCAUUAGCACUUCUGCAUUGACGAUAAUGCGUGACUGCUUUCGCUUUCAUUUGGUUCAACAACACACCUUGAGAUUAAAAAUCUUGGAAAACCCCCGAAUGCAGUGGUGUAUUCAGUGAUGUUUCUGUGGUAACACCUCUUGUUUUACCGUUGAUAUAGUGUGUGCAACGCUGUCAGUAACUAGCAGUAGUAUAGUAGACUAUUUGUACUUUACUGAGGAUUAUAUCAAGCUUUCGACUUGUUUACGAAAACGAAACCCUUGGUUUUUCAAGUACUAGUGUCGUUGARCUUCAUUGCUGUAAACCAAAAAUGUGCUGUCAUGACAGAUUUUCCACGUCUGAACUACCAAGUCCUACUGUAUGCUUAGUCAGCACUUUUCCUUCGCUUUGAAAAUGAUUAUUCAACGAAAAGUGACUUUUAAUCAAUUCUUUAGACAACUACACCAUACCUAGAUAUCCAACGUGAAGCAAAUGAUUGAGCCAAAAUGUCAUUUUGUGAUGAGAAGCGUAUCGAAAGGGUAAAUUUUUGCUACCGGGGGUCACCUCAUCGAAUGAAUUGGUGCGAAUGGCUGAGCACUGAGACCUUUUCAACGCGCAAGCAGAAGCCUUUCGUAGAAGCGAUGAGGUUCACUAGUGGCUACACCGUUAGUACAAGGAUCAUUGCAAGCGUAUAAACAUGACAUGUAGAGUUGUAGUCCUGCCUCCCUUGAAGUUGCGUCCAUUGGGUGGUUUAAAGGAGUUUUGCAAGAACUACGGCAGCCUUUGUGAAAAUGCGUCUUCAAAAAUCUGCGAUGUGGUAACUCCCCCAACUCCACCCAUUUCAGAAUACUGCGAGCACAGACCGCGGGGACCUCCUGCCUCAGCCAUUUUACCGUUUCUUUUUCUUGGAAGCGAGGAGGGCGCCGCUGAUGAAGAGCUGGUUGAUAGACUAGCUAUCAAGUUUAUACUCAACAUGACGGAAAUGUGUCCGAACUUUUUCGUACACCGCAAGGACAUUCAUUACAAGCAAAUCAAAAUUAACGAUUCUUAUCAAGAAGACAUUGGRCAAUACUUUGARGAAGCAGUUCGGUUCAUAGAUGAAGCACGUGCCAAUGGAACGCGCGUACUGGUUCACUGUCACGCAGGAGUGUCACGUUCUGCGACUGUGACGGUAGCUUACGUGAUGAAGCACCUGGGCCUUUCGCUCAACGAUGCUUACAAGUUUGUGAAGGAAAAAAGACCGGAAAUUUCACCGAACCUUAACUUUAUGGGACAUCUUCUGAAGUACGAAAAAAACAAAAAGAAUACCGAAUAGACCUGUAUAGGACGUUGGAAGGAAAGCAAAGCGACCUCGUGCAUUUACAAAAGACAAAACGUCUUGCUGCCUUGAAAURUUUUACACUUUAUAAUCAAAAGCAAGGAAACGAAGAGUUCUAAAUAAUGUUAUGAAUACCAAAGAACACAAAGAAAAMGUUGUCUCGAUGUUCGAUACUCGUGUAAAUGUGUAACUUCCAUAGCAUGGGUUUGCAAGAUCUUUAAACUUGCAGUGUGGCCUAUAACUGCAGACCUGUUUUGACGAAACGCACAACGCAAUGUUCUGAGUGAAAAGUUAUACAACGAGUUUGACAAAACAUUUGUACAGAUACCGUUCAGAAUAAUGAUAAUGAUUCGCUCUGUAUCAGAGUUAAAGUAAUUUCUUAGACAUAAACUUAUUUCGUUAAGUUAAGCAUGAAUUUGACAAAGAAAAGAUUCAAUCGUUCAAGAUGGUGAUAUUGUUUAUAAAUUGAAAAGUUUAUAUAAUAAAUGAUAUUUUGGAAAAAAAAA